AUGACUCAGCAUAUCCACCGGAACAAUCACACCUCGUGUUUCUAUGUUAAUCUGGAAAAUGAGGAGUCACUGAUGUUCGCGGUGCAGACGGAUGUGCUUCAGCCCGGCUCGACUGAAGAAUUCCUGCGUUAUGCUUACCCCACCGACAGUCGUGCUACGCUCAACGCCUACACCAUCUGCAUUCGCAUUAAGAUCCUUCAGUACAGAGAUAUCGUGCCAUUUUUUUCCUACGCGUACUCGGAUAGAGCUGACAACGCUCUUCUUAUGUUUCAAGUUGGCGACCGACUGGACUACUACAUUGAAGAUCAGAAACUAUCGUCUGGAUUGAACAUAAUAGUCGAUGACACAAUUGGUGGAUGGCAUUUAUACUGUAUGGCUGUCGACCACUCAACUUACAGGGUCUACUUCGACGGCACGCUGGUGAGGAAGGACCGCCUCGCUGGACGCACGACGGGCCUGCCUCUCAACGGGACGCUCUACGUGGGCCAAGACCAGGACCGCUACGACGGCGGGACCGACCCCGACCAGACCCUCAGUGGCUUCGCGGCUCAGUUAAAUCUCUGGGACUAUGCACUGGAGGAAGAAACUGUAAAGAGUCUGGCCGGAUGUCUUGAGAACCUUCGGGGGAACGUGCUGUCGUCGGACGUCGACGCGCUCGACCAGCCCGGAGUGACGAGGGAGGCCGUGCCCCACCGGGCGUUCUGCGCUGCGGAUUCGCGCUUCGUGAUCGUCCCGCUCAUUCGCCAGGCGCCCGCAGCCCGCUCCUUCUGCAGCCUUCUCGACAGCGUGUUCUUCGUUCCCGGAGACGAGGAAACCAACGACCGGCUGUACCAAGAAAGCAACAACUUCAAGGACGUGUGCGACUUCAAGAGCUACAGGCGGCUGCUCAUAGCCGCCACCGACGAAGAGGAAGAAGGUGUCUGGAUUGACAUGAAUACGAGAAGGCCAUUAAGGUUCACGCAGUGGUUUGACGGCGAACCCAACAAUGGACAAAACGACAACUGUGUUGUUAUGCGGACUGACAUGCCGCGGUGGGGCGACCUCAAUUGCGCUUAUAGCAACUGCUUUUCCUGCGGAAUGACAAGUCAAAACUUUUUCUUCAUACGCGGGUUAUGUAAAAGUAAUGAGCACCAAAUCCGCUUCAUAAUGGAUGGGUAUGUGAACACUCGGCCUUACUUCAGGGGUUACUACGGCAUGGCCAUCUUUAAUGUUGGCGAAGGAACGUGGGUUCUCAAGGACACAAUGGCCAACUUAACACUGGCCACCAUGACCAUGGAGCAGCCAGAAGAGUAUCCGCUCGGACGAACCGUGUGGGACGUUCUGGAGCCUUUCUGUGACUUCGCUGUGGGAGACAAGAUAAAUCUGGGUUUGUCUUCGUGCACCAUCGAAGAGUUCAUGUGUUCUGACGGCUCGUGCGUUCCCAGGAACGUCCGCUGUAACCUGAGGGAGGACUGCGUCGACGGAAGCGACGAGAACGACUGUGGAAUCGUCCUGUUCAGCGGCAGGUACGCCAGUCACCGGCCUCCCCCCGGGAGGACCUACCGGGAGGUGUUGUACAUCCAGCCCCACGUCCACAUCGUCAGGUUCUCCAAGAUCGACGACAUCAACCUCGCCUUCUACAUGGAGUUCGAAGUCCACCUGACUUGGACUGACCGGAACCUGAAGUUUAAGAACAUUAAGGAGGAGGAAGACAAAAACAAGUUGUCGACGGAAGAGGUUGCUUCCAUUUGGACGCCAGAGAUCGAGUUUCUGAACGUGAACGACGGUCUCUUGAAGAAGCUGAAGUCAAAUGUGUACGCACGUCAGACGGGCGAAGCAGAACCCCCAGAUUUCAAUGACGCCAUGAUGGAGACGAUCUACCUCCCCAGCAGCGUCGCCCUCGUAAGCAAGACGUUCUACUCGGCCAGCUUCUCCUGCAACUUCUACCUGUUCAGCUACCCCUUCGACACGCAGAUGUGCUCGGUCCUCAUCGAACUCGACUCUGCAGACACAUCAGUUGUCAAUUUCAUUAAUGACAGCGUUAUUUACUCCGGUCUAAUGACGCUCCCAAAAUACGACAUCACGGAGAUCAUUUCUCAGCUCGCGAAGAAGUCAGACUACGCUGUUACGAAGGUGAGUACUCUUUCGUUACAUUUUUUCAUCACAUUUUUCAAAGAUUUAAAAAUUAUUGCGCAUGAAAGGUACCAGGGAAAAAAAAAAAAAAAAAUAUACAGAGAAUCAAGCAGCCCCCUGCAUCUAGGAAACAAAGACUCGUCCAAGUGUUCACGGCACGAGCGAGCGCCUCUUUGA